AUGCGGAUUAACAGCCAGUCAACCACACCGACAUCACAAUAUAGGCCCGAGUUGAUGCGGAGAGGCUCAUCCACUACAUCGAACUCGAACGCGAUCAUCAAAGUCAGCAGGGUUUCAAUAUGGGAUAAGGGCGCUGCUCAUUCACCUCGUGCGAUUGUCAAGAGGACCUCCACGCGGGACUUGCGGUCGCCACAGACGGGCUGGAGGAAGGUGUCGUGCAUCUUGUCAGACAAUGGGGAGCUCAAACUCAUCUCGGAGAACGAUGUCACGGUGCUCUGUAUCAUCUCGCUCUCGCAACUAUCGCGAUGUGCCAUACAGCAGUUGGACAAGUCAGUCUUGGACGAGGAGUUCUGCAUAUCCAUUUUCCCGAUGUACUCCUCGACUUCUACCCAGCUCUCGAUUUUCAGGCCCGUGUACAUAUCUUUGGAUCACAGGGUGUUGUUCGAGGUCUGGUUUGUUCUGCUACGCGCAUUUACGGUACCUGAGAUUUAUGCAUUGGACACGGAAAACGACGACCAAGUCCUCGAGGUUACGGACUUCGACGCAGACCUUCCUUUCCAAAUGUUCAGGGUCGAGAAGACAAUAAAUCUGCGCGUGAUAGAAGCAAAAGUGGGCGGUCCCACGUCGCCGCAAGCCGCGUCACGAGAUCGACACGGCAGGAAUCAAGACGAUGCCUUCGUGGGCAACUAUUUUGCGGAGGUCAUGCUGGAUGGUGACGUUCGCGCGCGGACAAUCACGAAAACCGACACCCGAAAUCCCUUUUGGCGAGAUGACUGUGAGUUUGCUGACUUGCCGGCGAAUCUACCGUAUCUUUCCGUGAUCUUGAAGCGGAUUGAUGGAAACCUGGAAAGCAUGGCCCACCAGUUACAAGCGUCCUUGGGCCUACCAAGGACCGGGAACUUGACGGAGGUUUCCUGUGGUUCUGUGGAUCUUCCAUUGACGCAGCUCGAACGAGGGAAGGAUCACGAGCAGUGGCUUCAAAUUUACGAUGAGCGGCAACAGUCUAUCGGCACGAUGCUUUGCAAGGUCCGCCACGAGGAGGUCGUGGUAUUCAUGGCCAGGGACUACCAGCCAUUGUCCGAGAUGCUUCACAAAUUUAGCUCUGGGCUGACGGCGCAGAUCUCGGAAGCUCUCCCUGGACAUCUACGACGCUUGGCAGAAAUCUUCCUGAACGUCUUCCAAGUGUCGACUACUGCAAGCGAUUGGCUGAUGGCGCUGGUGGAAGAUGAAAUCGAUGGCAUCGGACAGCAGUCUCAAAUGAGGAAAAUGAGGUUCAGCCGCCGUCUCAAAUCCAGCGAGAAUUUGGACGUCUCAAAUCCCUAUGAGCGAGAGGCGAUCCGGGACAUGGGGAAGUCUCUGGCCGGAGAGGCCAACCUGCUUUUCAGAGGCAACUCUUUACUCACACAAGCCCUCGAGUUCCAUAUGAGACGUCUGGGAACCGAGUACAUCGAAGAGAUCCUGGGUGACAAGAUCUUUGAGAUUAACGAGAUCAAUCCGAACUGCGAGGUUGAUCCCGGGAAAUUACAACAAGGAGAAGACAUCGGCCAGCAUUGGGACCAGUUGUUGCAGUUCACAAACGAGAUAUGGGACUGCAUUGCCAAAUCAGCAAACAGGUUCCCCCCAGAACUCCGACACAUUCUGAAAUAUAUCCGUGCCGUCGCCGAGGACAGAUACGGCGACUUCCUCCGGACCGUGGCCUUCACUAGUGUUUCUGGCUUCCUCUUCCUGCGAUUCAUUUGCCCAGCCAUACUCAACCCGAAGUUGUUCGGCUUGCUGCGGGACUACCCACGACCUCGAGCCCAAAGGACACUGACACUCAUUGCGAAAGCAUUGCAGGCGCUCGCUAACCUUUCCAACAUUGGAAAGAAAGAAGUCUGGAUGGAUCCGAUGAACCGUUUUCUCAGCUCCCGCCGCCAGGCUCUCAAAGACUUUAUCGACGAGAUAUGCGCAAUACCAGCGGAGCGCUCGAACUGCAUCCUGCCCGCAUCCUAUUCGACCCCAAUCACCAUCCUAGGCCGCCUGUCACCUCUAGCCCGCGAGGGCUUUCCCUCCCUCCCGUACCUAGUUGAUCACGCUCGGAGUUUUGCCCUUCUCGUCAGACUAUGGGUCGACAAUCAACCCCUCAGCGGUGACGCCGAAAACCAGUAUGAUGGCGACCUUCUCAAGUUCCACAGGUGCUGCGUCAGUCUCCAGCAACGAGCCGACCUCUGCAUGGCGCGCAUCGACAGUGUCCGCGCAGCAGACAUCGAGAACUCGAGUCAACGCACCGACUCGGAUGGCGCACUCGCUGAUGCCAUGGAGUACGCCAGCCUCGCUGAGUCGGCGAACACAAUAUCCCACAAAUCAGGCACCAGCACCUCCUGGAUGGACCGUGACCGACCACCUGGCUCAUCUGACGGUAGCUCGCUGGAUGACGCUCGAGGCCAGGGAGUGCGUUCUCAUCGUUCGUCUGAGAGGUGGACCAGUGGACUGCGGCAAGCUGUGGGCAGUAGCGGCGAGCUGUCGGACCGGAAGUACCAUCAUGGUUCCAUGAAAUCUCUUCGCAGUGGCAAGAAUGCGAGGAAGUUCCUGUCAGGGUUCCUUCGAAAGGUCGAUCGGACAGACAGUCCAGAUGCGUCAGGCUCGAGCGGUAGCCCUUCAGUAUCACCGUGGCAGAAUGGCAGCGGUGACAACAACAUUGGCGCUGCAUACAAGUCAGGAUCUGGCUCGACAACACCGACAGGGACGUUGAAGGGCAGGGACAAGGAAAAAGGGAGGAGCACUUUUGGCGGCCUGGCGGAAGCCUGGAAAGAAUUCGACCCGUCCAGCAGACACUGA